AUGGCUAUUGAAUCCUAUGAUUUUUUAGUGACUGAAAUACGAGUCUCUUUAGAUGUACAUUGAAAACAUUUAUUAUAGAAAGGAGAUGAAAUUAAGAAACUUAUUCUUGAAGAAAAUUUAUCAGAGAUUAAAAGAGCUUAAAUUAUUUUGACUAAUGGAUAACAGAGAUAGAAAUUAGCUGUAUUAUAUUGUAAUAAUAAAUAGAUUUACAAGAAUCUAGGUAGACUUUUGUAAGAAGGUUUCAAAGAAUUAUAUAAUGUGGUUCAAGCUGAUAUUAUGGAAUAAAGUGAAGAACUUAUAGUAGCAGCUGGAAUUUCACUCAAGAAUAUCAAAUGCCAUAGCAAAGAACUAAUGCCUUUGGUCCUUCAUUUUAUUUAAUUAUACAAUAUGAAAUAUGCAGAUGCAUGGAUUCCUACAUUUGGAAAUCUUAUUCAUUAAUUCAACUAUAAGGACUAUUAAGAUCAUAUUGAGAAAAUAAUCAUUGAAAUGUCUAUGCCUCGUCAACCAGAAGUUGGAAGAUUAAUAGGGGCUAUGAUGAUUAUUUAAGUAGCAAAUUUAUUAGGGGAUAAGAUUUAAGGACCUAUAUUAGAUAGAGUUAGAUAAUUAUGCAAUGAUAAUGAUUCUGAAGUUAGAUCUUUAGUAGCUGGAGAUGUUUUUUCUUGUUUGAUUGAAAAGUUAAGUCCUUAUCUUAUUCAUUAAUAUUUACAAGAUAAAUGCUUACCACUUAUAUAUGAUAAUUGUCCAUAAGUAAAAAAAUAAAUGAUUCAAACAUUAUUUUUACAUUAUUAGAAACUAAAUGCGAUUGAGUGUGUUGUAAUAUUUUCUAUAUGAUAUAAGUUUAAUCCUACUUAAAUAUUUAUAGAUUGCUUAUCCACUUAAAAUGAAGAUGUUCUUACUACAUCUCUGACAUAUUGUGGUGUUGCUUUUCUUGCAAUAAAGGACUAAGUGAAUUUAGAAUUUAAAUAAAACCUGAUUAAUUUAUUUGUGAAAUUUGGAUAACAUUAGAGUCAAAUAAUUAGAUACUAUUAUUUAUAUAAUUUACCAGGUUUUCUUAUUUUAAUUAAAGAUCUUCAAUUAAACUUAUAAUUAAUCUAGCCUUUUUGUGUAAUUAUUGAUGAAGAUGAUGAGGAGAAUAGGAUUUUUGCUUGUUCUAUCUUGCAUUAAUUGAUUAAGUCUUUUGAUGUAAAAAAAAAUUAUAAAUAAGUAUAGCUUUAUUUCAACUUAAAUAUAUUUUAUUCUAACAAGUAUUUUGAAUACUGAAAACUUAAAAUUGAUUCUAUAAAUAUAAUUAGGUAAAAUUAUUGAAACCUUAAUAAAUGAGGGAUAUUUUAUAUCUUUAGAUAAAAUUGUAAUAUUUACAUUUUAUAUAUAAGCAAAAAUAAUUUAAAGUAAUUUUUUAAGAUAUUGCAAAACUUUUCGAUAAGUGUAACCAGAAUUAUAAAAUCAAUGAAAAUUUUUUAACAUAAAUUAAACAUUUUAUGAGAUUUGUUAAACCAAAAUAAUUUGUAAAAUAUUAUUUCCCAAUUCUAUACACAUAAUAAACAUGCAUUUCAAAUGAAAACUUAGCUAUGGAAAUUUUAGCUCAUUUUUUUUUUACCUGUCAAGAUUAUGAGAUCUAAUAAAAUAUCAAAGAUACUAUGAAUUCACAAUUUUACAAAGGAAAUUCUAAUAAAAAAAUCAAAUAUUUGUUUUUCAUUAAUGCUAUACCAAAACAUAUAAGUAAAAAGUAUUUUAAUUAUUUAAAUGUAAUUAUAAUUACUAUUAUUUAAGUUUAAUUUAUUUUUCAAUUUAUAUGCAGAUAAAAUAGUAGAUGUUGUAAUACAUUUAAUUAAAAUCUUGCCACAUGUCAACCAUUAUUUAAUUGAUCAAAAUCAAUACAAAUUAUUGAAAAGUUUAAAAUAACCAACAAUAUAAAAAUUGGUUGAUGAAAUGAUCAUUAAAAUAGAAUUGAACCAAAUCUUAUUUGAUGAAUUUCAUGAAAAAAAAUUACAAGAGAAAGAGGAAAAGGUUUAAUAAGAAUAUUUGAAUAAUUUAAAAAUGACAAAAUAAUGUGAUUCGAAUCAAAGCAUAGAUAGCAAUUCUAAAUAUAAGAAAAGACCUGCCCCAAAGUUGGCAUCGCAAUCUGCUAAAAAGUAAUAAAGUACUUCUUAAAUGAGGUAUAUCUUUAUAAUUAAAAUAGAAUUGGAGUUAAGGAUAAUGCUUCAUUACCUUCUAGUAGGAGUUAAGAUAGAAGUAUUAAUUAAGUAGUAGGAAGACAGUAGAUUGAAAUAUAGAAAUUUAAAAGCAGACCAAGUGGAUUUAAUAAAUUUUGAAAGACAG